AUUGGGCUGCAUUGGGUCUAGCUGGGGCUCAAGGGAGAGACAGAUUCCACUGUUUCUGGAGCAGGUUCAUUUUCUCGGAUAUUGCCGGACAUUUUUCCACGAAUUUCAUCUGUCAGUCAUUGAGUUUCGGGUGUCCUAAGUCUCGUCCCAAGGUUAGGACAUCAUGGAUCCGGAAAAGUUCCUCGACCUGGCCAACCAGGUGACCAAGCUAAAAAUGUAUCCGUAUUUCGAUUUCGCCCAUUCUGUGAUGUGUCUUCUGAUGAUUCGCGAGGAGCUGUCUACGGGAGCCCUUCAAUUCUCGAGAAAGCACCCUUUGAGUUGUUGGAUGUCCUCUAUGGCUGUGAUAUUCUCGGGCAGCCUCUUAGCCAAUCUCAUGAUGGGCGAGCCCAUGCUCUCGCCUUUCAAGAACAAUAAUGCCCUCCUAAUCGCCACAGUUGCUUGGUACCUGGUGUUCUAUCUUCCAUUCGACAUCGGACUUACGGUGUUCAAGAGCAUGCCUGUGAAGGUGGUAUGCGCUGCCCUCAAAGAGGUGUAUCGCGCUAAAAAGGUCCAUGACGGAGUGAGCCACGCCGCCAAGAUGUUUCCGAACGCCUACAUCAUCAUGAUCUUCAUUGGGGCUGUGAAAGGGAGUGGCGAGUCCUUUAUGCGAAUUGGAGAACGCCUCAUCCGGGGAGUCUGGACGCCUGAAGUUAUGGAAUUCCUUCGACCAUCGGUGGAUACAAAGGCUUGUGUUGUGGCUUCAAUGAUCUUUGUCUUGGACAAAAAGACAGACCUGAUCUCAGCUCCUCAUGCUUUGGUCUACUUCGGAAUAGUUAUCUUUUUCGUAUACUUCAAGAUGUCGUCCUUAUUGUUGGGGAUUGCCGACCCUUUCCUACCUUUUGAGAAUCUCUUUAGCGCCCUCUUCUUGGGCGGGGUUUUGGAUACCCUUCAACAAACUUUCUAUGGACGCAAGAAGUCGGACGACUCCGAGGAAAAGAAAGAUUGACCCCAACCUUUGGCCUGCAAUCCUACGUGACAAUUUCUUACUGUGCUAGCUAUGAAGAGAAUCGGUUCUUCUCUUGAGCUCAAAACGUGGAUGAUUACCCGAUUAUGCCCCAACUUCCUUGUCUGUUCUUCAUUUCUGCUUGAAUAAAUCUAAUUUUCACACA